AUGGGAGCCACGGUAUGUAGGUUACUCGGUUUUAAGUAUUUUAAUUACAGUGGUAGAACUCAGUUUUCCAAGGUUGCUAUGUAAAUGCAAGUGCCGCGCGAAUUUCAUCCCCCUCCACGCGUUCGCUUUACAUACUUUUUCCCGUUGUAUUUUGGAAGAGGCGCCCGCGAGCAUCGUUGUUUCGAAUUAUUAAAUAAUUCGGGGCAGCCGGGAUCGUGAUCCCUUUUUAGAAUGUUGUCAAGCUCAGCUCUUGCACUCGAACUUUGAACUAUUAUACGAACGGACAGCUGUCGCGAUGUCGAACGCAAAUUAAUUUAACGUCGGUUAUAUUAUUAACGAGGCUAGCUGGCUCUCCUUCGUUUUACUACACGCGGAAUUUCACGAAUCGAAUGCGUUCGAAAUCUCGAUAUUAAACGAACGCCGGUUUACGCAAUCGAAUGCAAAUCUUUCGUUUUUCCUUAAUCACGCGACGAUAAAUUUUCGCUCGCUGAUAACCCUUGGCUCGUUAGCCUUCGUUUCGAAAUAGUGUCGUUAUAUAUAUAUAUAUAUAUAUAUAUAUAUAUAUUUGUCACUGUGCUAGUACGACUAAUCAUACCGAAGCUCGUCAAAUUUGCAAUAAAUCAGCGGAUAGAUUGCUAAACUGCGAAACGUUACUGUCGUAAUAUUUCAACCUUCGCUGUCAUUUUUCCUACCUCCGGUUUGAUAAUGUCAACGUCACUCGUGCGACACUUUAACUCGUUCAUAAUUUAAUCUUAAGAGAAUCUUUUUUUUUUCUUUUCUUUUGCCUCGGAUUGUGAUAUCCACCUCUUUCAUCGAAGGGGUCGUUAAUUCUUACGUGUGAUUUCUAGGGUUCCGGAUACUUAAAGCGUGCAAAUACUGAACGCCUCCAUGAAAUAUUUAAUCAGGUAUUUAAUCUGGUUUCUACUUGGUUCUUUUGCAACAAUCGUCAGUAGACUGCGAAUGUUCAUGUGCACUUGUGGCCUUGAAACCGUAAAUAUGUGUAUCAAACGAUAUGUAAAAAUAGAUGUAGAAUAUCUAUACAAAUUCUCUAUUUAAAUUCAAUACUUUUGAUUACAAAAGUGCACAAACUUUGGCAGGCUGCUUGAUGAUUAUGUCAGUCAUACUAUCACGUCUGUUGAUUGUAAAAGUAAACGAAGAUUUCUAAAAAUUGCAGUACGCUUCAAAAGAGAAGAAUGGCGAGAGGUUCAUGACCCCGUCUGACUUCGUCCGGAGUUACCUUGGACUCUACACCAACUCAGACUACAAUCCUGACUCGGUUAAUUUGCUCGCUGGUAUCGUCGAUACCAGUAAAGAUGGGCUUAUAUCGUUCGCUGAAUUCCAAGCGUUCGAAGGGCUGCUCUGCGUGCCGGAUGCACUGUACAAGACAGCCUUCCAGCUGUUCGAUACUAAUGGAAACGGAAUGGUUGCAUUUGACGAGUUCGCUGAGGUGAUGAAGAAAACGGAACUCCAUCAGCGGAUGCCUUUCAACAUGGACAGUAGUUUCAUUAAACUUUAUUUUGGAAAGGAUAAGAAACGAUUGAUUAACUAUCCGGAGUUCAGUCAGUUCCUGCACGUAAGUAACUCAUUUAUAUUUAUUUAUUUUUUUUUCACGUGGAGGAAAUCUUCGAUACAGAACACCUGAGUCUUUUAAGGGAAGACACCUAA